UGGUUGAUUGCCCCGGCCAGAUAAGAGCCGGAUAAACUCGACGCAGCUCGCCGCCGCCAUGAACACAGCCGAACCGAGCUGAGGCUGAGCUACUCCAGAACAACCAAGAAGAAUUGCAUCGACCAAAUCACCAUGGCCAUGGCCGCCAUCCUCGGCGCCCUAAAGCUCGCCGCCCCUUCUCCCCCGCCGGCGGGGCCGCAGCCGGGGCGCUCCUCCUCCUCCUCGCUGCAUUUCCAUCUCGCCAACGCCGGCGCCGCCGCGCUCGUCGCCGCCUCCCUCCUCGCCUCCGACCCGGCCCUGGCGUUCAGGGGAGGAGGGCCGUACGGGCAGCAGGUGACGCGGGGGCAGGACCUCACGGGCAAGGACUUUAGCGGCCAGACGCUCAUCAAGCAGGACUUCAAGACGUCUAUACUGCGGCAGACCAACUUCAAAGGGGCCAAGCUGCUCGGCGCCAGCUUCUUCGAUGCCGACCUGACAGGUGCUGAUCUCUCCGACACCGACCUGAGAAACGCCGACUUCUCACUGGCAAACGUGACAAAGGUAAAUUUAACAAAUGCCAACUUGGAAGGGGCACUUGUCACAGGGAACACUUCUUUCAAAGGUUCUACCAUAUAUGGAGCAGAUUUUACUGAUGUUCCACUGCGAGACGAUCAACGGGAUUACCUCUGCAAAAUUGCUGAUGGGGUAAACACAACUACCGGAAAUGCCACAAAGGAGACUCUAUUCUGCAAAUGAGGAACCAGAAUGAAGGAGAAUGGAGAGAUUAGAGAAUUCAGAGGCUGAUUUAGUUCUUGAAUAGUACUAGCAUCAUCAUGUAUUUAUUGUUAUUUUUUCUCUUUAUUUUUCUUAUCUCUCAGAGUGGAGAAAGUUAUCUCCCAUGAACAUGUAAAGAGAAUAUAUGGAGGGAAUGGUUGGCCUGGAGCCCUGGAAAUCAAGUGCUCA